AUGGACGGCUUUAGCACAGCCAUCAGUCUCUUUCAGUUUGCUGUCGACACACUAGGCUACAUUCAACUUGCAAGAGAAUUCAAGGAUGACUUCGAAACUCAUCAGCUAAAGCUCGACAUUAUUCAACUUCGCCUUUCUCGUUGGGUGAAAUUGCUGGCCUCACUAUCACUAGCAAUCCCAGCAAGAAUGCGAGAUCGCUUAUUGAGCGCUCAGGGGGAAGCAAGAAGGUUACAGACAAAGCUAGAUGGAAAAAGUUCGCUGCCACUUGAUCCGGAAUCAUGCCUACCAACCGAUCUAAAGAAAAUUCGAGUCCGGUUCAUGGGAUUUCUCGGCAAGCGUAAAUGUCAGGCAUCCAAAGUCAUCGAAGGCAUUAAAUGGGUUUUUUACAAAAAGGAUCAUUUUGACAAGUUUGUAGAGAGCAUCUGCAAGUUGAUCGAUGAUCUUGAAAACAUAAUUCCGGAGAAUGACCGCGAGAAACUCCGCGAGCUCAGUGAUGAGGAGUGCAUGGGUAUCAGCAAGUCUAAUUUAGAGGAGCUCAAGGAAGUUGUUGAGGGGUGCGAUCCGUGGUUAGGGAGCUCUGUGGACGAGAAGUUGAACAAUAGUGGGGCAGGAACUGUCAUCAAUCAAUCUCACAAUACCGGUAGUACAGUUGGAAUUCACAAUGGGGACAACAAAGGGAUCAGUUAUGGUGCUAAUAGCAAUCAGUUGAAUACAUUCAAUUGA